AUGAUAAGGUCGUUGAAAUGUCAAGUCACUAAUGAUAAACCUAUUCAGAGCAAAGUAACUAAUGGUAAUGUCAUUGAGGACAGAGAGAUUGAAGAUAGGAAAGCUUCAGUUGCAAAAAAUUCAGUUUCUGAGCUUCCGCUUGUUUCAAAAUCUUGUGGCAAUGAUGUUUCAAGCAGAAGUUGUCCUCUUCGUGCUGGUGGACAUGAGUGUGGAUGUUUACCAGUGUUGGCAAAAUUGGUGAUGAAGCAUUGCGUAGCUCAUUUAGAUAUUGCCAUGUUUAAUGCCAUCCUUCGUGAAUCAAAGAAUGAGAUACCCACGGAUACUAUAUCUGACCCAAUUGUGGACUCAAGAGUUCUGCCGAUUCUAGCUGGCGACUUAAGCUUUGGAUCAGGCACACAGCUUAAGAACUCUGUAUGUGCUUAA